GAGGACUCAGUGGACUUCAAGUAUCCCACAUGGGAUGGUGACUGGAACAAAUGGACGGACUAUCAGCUGCGUGUUGAGUUGAGAGCUGAUGGACUGAAAGAGGAGGACCAGAAACUUCUAGGACCUCGGCUUGCAUCCAAUCUGACUGGAAAGGCCUUUGACAGUCUCGCUGAGAUUGACAGAGAGAAGUUACGCCAACCCGAUGGGUGGCAGUACUUUCUCAAGUUUCUCGAGAAGACUCGAGGCCGUGAAAAGGUAGAUCUUCUUGGAGAUGCUUUCAACGAGUUCUUUGUGCGCAAAGAAGUCUACCGCAAGGACGGUGAGGAGUUUUCAGAAUAUGAACCCAGAUUUCGAAGUCUGACCAGAAGAUUAGAGAAAGCCCUCAAAGAAUCAGGAUCAGAAGGCAAACUGCCAACAGAAGUCCUUGGCUGGUUCCUGUUGAACUGCUAUAUGAGGAUGGAUCCAUCGGACAUCGCCAAUGUUCGUGGAUGCUCAGAGUCAUACAAGCUGGAACACGUGGUGGCCUCCCUUCAAAAGAUGUGGAGUGGAGGCGGCCUAGCUGCCAAGGAUCAAGAGAUGCGUCGUCGCCGAAAAGAUGGUGGACAAGCCUUGCUGGUUGAUGAGCCUUCUCGACCUGAUGAAGGGGAGGUCUACCAGAAUGUGGACGAAGAUGUGAUGGAAAGCCAUGCCGCCACCAAUGAUGAAGAGCUUGAGGAAUUGGCCACUUGGUACCAAGAAGCCUAUGUUGCACUCGUAGAUGAGCCUGAUGAUACUGAGAUACUUGCCAACUUCAAGGAUGCUCGUCGUGCCCUGGACCAAGCUAGAACGGCGAGGGGUUUUUACCCUGUGAGACACCCUGACAGUCAAAAAGGUCGUGGUAAGUCUCAGGGCAAGGGGAACUACAAUCGAGACAAUGAGCAUGCCAACAAGACCUGCAUUCGGUGUGGGAAGCGUGGCCACAUUGCUCGUAUUUGCCCACAACGAGCUCAAAGUGAUGGCAAAGGCCAAAGUGGAAAAGGAAGUGGCAAGGUGGGUUUUGUCGGUGUCCAAUGGCAAGAACCAACUGCAGAGAAUGCAUGUGAUAAAGGUGACGAGUGUGCACAGGUCUGGGCCACGACUGGCCAUGAAAACCAACUUCGUGGCAAGGCUGUCCUGGAUAGUGGUGCCUCAGAUAACGUGAUUGGAGUGAACACUUUGCAAGAUCUCGCAGACAUGUACGAGGAGCUUGGCCUCAACACUGAGGACGAGUUUGAGAUCGACCGUAACAUCCACAAGAGCUUUGUCUAUGGUGGUGAUCACAGUAGCAAGGCUCUGGCACUUGCACACCUGAACCUUGGUGUCUUGGGAAAUGAGAUGAUGGUCGAUGUGCAUGUUGUGGAGGGCAGUACACCUUUGCUGCUCAGUGCAAAGUUCCUCUAUGAUUCCCGAGCCACCAUUGACUUCCGAAAGGGGACAGCUGUCUUUGAGGGCAUCAACCAUGAAGCGUAUCAGCUGGAAAGGAGUCCAGGUAAUCAUCUCCUUCUACCAGUCACUGUCUUUGGUGGGCGCCGUGGACUGAUGAGAUCUACUGAGAUGUGGCCUCCUGCGGUUCCUGUACUGAGUGCGCCUGAGUCAGAUCCGGACCCAAAGGGGGAUGAACCGAACUGUCGUAGGCUUUUGGAAAUUCAGGUACAAGAAUUGAACGGCAGUGUAGGUGCUGAGGACAAUAUCAAUGCUGCACCCGUUCCUGAUAGGGAGGAACAAGACCAACCUCAAGCAAAAAGCCACUCAGUGAACUCCGCUAUCCUGACGAAGCAUUCGGUGACACAACCCGAGAGCGCAAUGUCGAUGCCAAGCGCCGACCUGAAGACUCUGUUGGACCUUCAGGACAAGAAGGGACAAGUGAGCCGAGAGGAGAUUCAGAGCAUGUCGCUCGAAGACCUCGGCUCGAUGAAGAUGGACCAAGGGGAACGCCACAAGGGGCACCUCUUCCAGGAGAUCUACAAGGACAAGAGCUACAACCGUUGGGUGGCAAGCCACAUCAAGGACGACGACCCAGUCUUCCGCACCAUCCACAAGUACAAGAUCUACCUGCAUCGUCGUCUGGCUCAGGAGCUCGAGGAGGAGAAUGUCCUGGGACAUCCAGGAAGCGGAAGCCAUCAACUUCCCCUGAAACCUUCGAACGUGAAGAAGGUGCACACCAAGGAGGGGUCCCGCCAAGCAGCAGAACUGGAAGCCAUGGGUCAGUUGACUCCAAUGCCCAUUCCGGACGACGAGAGCCUGUCUCAUUGGAGCCAGGUGGAGAACAUGGAGAACGACAUUCAGAACCUCCACAAUGGCAACGAGCAGCUGCACCAACGCAUGGCGCAGAUGGAAGCCUGCAUGGCCCAGAUUCUCACGGUCUUGCAGUCGGGACCACAUGGAGCGUUGAGCCAGGUUAAGAAGGGAGCUGAAGUUGUUUUGAGAAAACUCUUACCUCAUGAACAACAGCAGUUUGAUGAAGCCAUGAAAAAGGAAAUUGACUCCUUUCUUUCCAGUGAUGCUGUUCAAAUCUGUUCUGCGGCUGGCAUUCCAGAGGAAGAGGCACAGCGCCUAUUCCGUGAAGAAGCAGCGGUACACGACGUGGACCCAAACUUGGCUGACACAAUCUUCAGUGCCGAGACAGCUGCCUCGGGCUACACCAAGUUUGAAUGCGAGGGAUGUCGCUUCUUGCUGGUCGAGGGAGCUCCCGCACAGGUGAGACUACAGUGCAAUCAGUCCAUGAGAGGGCUAGAAGUAGCCGCAACCAUUGUGCAGUCUGUGGGUUUGGUUACACUGCAAAAAGAGGAUCUUCACUAUGCCACUGCGUCGGAAGACGUUCCUGCCGAACCGGUGCCUGCGCCGAAGGCAGACGGGAAGGCAAUGAGCGAUUCGUCAAGCGAGUCCUCAGACGAGGGCGAGGGCAGUGGGAAGGAGAUUCUGGAUUUGCUGAGCCGAGCAAAAAGAGGUGGUCAAGGUUUGGCUACCAGUUCAGAAAAACCCAAAGAAAGCACAAAGAAGGUUGCCAGUCGUUAUGCACUGCUCCGGGCAGACUCCGAGAAGGAUCAGCGGGAUUCUUCAGGUGGCAUAGAGACUGUUUUGGAAAAGAUUGCAAUUGGGGGCAACCAAGAGGUGGCCAGCAGCAGGAUCAAUGCCUUGAUCACCAUGGAGUUGCUGAAGGUGCUGAAGGGAACAAAGAAAAAAUCCAAGGCGCCACCGUCGGACCCAGAGGAAAGCCAGGACAGCAGUUCUCAGUCCGACAGCAGCCAUGGGAAAAAGGGAGGAGCCUCACGUGCUUUGAGGGCUUACCGAAGAGGCCAUCGCUCUAUGAGAAGAAAACCCAUGAAGCAUGUGAAAAGAUACAUCCGGGAGGUGGAGCACUUCUUGGGUGCGUCGCUAGAAACAGCUUACAGCCUGUCAGACUAUUCGAGAAAGUUGAACUGGGGAAAACAACGCACUCUCCUGCGAUGCCACUUUGCACUUUCAGAGAUCCUGCAAACCUUGCUGAAGAAUCGCCCGGACCAAGCUGCCCUCGAAGUAGUGCAGCUUCUCCGAGCUAUCCAUCAGACUGCGCUGGACCAAGGCUCAUGGAAGGCGAGUUGGUUGCUGUUGAGGUACCAGGACCCGAUAGAAGUUCCGAAGUUUGGGGGGGAGCCUCAAGAUUUGGAGCUGGUGGCAGGGUACUUGAACGCCCUACAGAAGUUGGAGAAGAGAUCGAAACACUUCAACAAGGGCGAGCACGAAGAAGAAGGCGGAAAGGGCAAAAAAGGGAAAGGCAACAAGAAGAAGCAGGAAGGGAGUGGACUGCCCUUCAUGAAAGCUAUGCGAGAGCAAUGUAUCUUGGAUCCUAGAGAACACCUGUCUCAUGAUCGUGUCACUGAAUUUGAGUCGAUGCCGCAUGCCAUUCCCAUCCCCGGACCGGUACCGGGCGAUUGCAAAGCCUGCCAUAAAGUAGACCCGAAAGAUUGGCCGCGUCUGUUGGGGAAGUUGCACAGUGCUCAGAUGAUCUCAUUCGUGCCAGUGGACGCAACGCACGAAGGUGUCCUAAAAGCCGCUGGAUGCCUAAAGCCGGAUCAAACUCUCAGGACACCCUAUGAGGACGAAACCUUGAUGGCCAGAUCACGGGACAGGCCAGUUUCGACUCGUGUUUCAGCAACUGAUGCCAGCCUAAGCGGUGGUGGAAGGGCCUCUACACUGACUAGUAAGAUGUUUUCGAAACUGCUGUAUCGCUUCAGCGACUGGACUUUCCGAGAGAUCUUUGCCGGUAGGGCGCGUUUGACUGAAGGCGCCGUCUUCGAAGAGCUGUCAUAUGAUCAGCUUCAGCGGGCUGCGAAAAGAUAUCCGAGUGAUGUUCAACUCCAGAAGUACGCCAAGAUGGUGGUGGCUGCAAAAGAGCUGGAGGGCAUUGCGGAUCCAGCCCCUUGUCAGCCGCUGAUGUUGCGUGACAGCCCAUCGGCUCUCAGUUCGGACGCGGAGCGUCUGCCGUUGAAAAAACUGGUGAUUGCCUACAUUUACAAACUGACCUUGAACCGGGUUAUCUUGCUGGUGAUGUUGAUUGUGACACUGCUGGUGCUUUUCAAACCGUCACUGGCAAUUGCAGUUACAAAAGUUCUGGUGAGAUUGUUGCGCCUCACCCUGAGGCGGAUGACUGGUUUUUUGGUUUUGUUGAUGGAAGGACUUUUGACUGAGGUGAUUUACCAGAUUGAGUUUGCCUUGCGGCAACUGCUUCCGCAUCCAAUUGAUUUCGAACAGUUUGCAAGCGCCCCUUUUGAGAUGUUGUCACAUGUACUCUCUGCACUUGCAGGAGCAGCU